UCACAAUUGUUAUUCAUGGCUGCACGACCAUGCCUGCCCAUGACCCUGGUGAAUUACACUGAAAUGUUGGGCGUUGUUGUUGUUGGGAUUGGUAUUGCUGGCAGAGUUCGGAUCCGUGACCUUCUGAAUCCAUUGCCUAACAGUCCCAUAGAAAAUCUUAAACUCGUGGGUUUUGUCUCCAGGCGGACAUUAGGCAACAUAGAGCACCUGAAUCAGAUCACCUUGGAUGAAGCUCUUGGCAGUGAUGAAGUACAGGCUGCCAUCAUCAGUGUGGAGAAUGAGGUCCAUGAAGAGUAUGUCAGGAAAUUUUUGAAUGCAGGGAAGCAUGUUUGUGUAGAAUACCCAAUGGCACUCUCAGUGGAUGCUGCCUGUGAACUGUGGGAACUUGCUGAUGCCAAAGGAAAGGUUCUACAUGUGGAGCAUAUAGAACUACUGACAGCAGAAUACAGCCUGUUAAAACAAAAAGUGAAUGGGAAAGAGCUGAUCGAGGGUACUCUGCAUUUCACAGGUGGACCUUUGAAUAGACAACGUACUGGCUUUCUUGCCUUCAGCGGGGUGUCCCGUCUGACGUGGCUUGUGGAUUUGUUUGGAGAACUCACGUUCAAGUCUGCUAUAUUCAGUGAAGAUCAAAACCAGCAAUACUCAAAGAUGACAGUACAAUUCCACACUAAAAAUAGCAGACCAGUAGUCUGGAUUGAAGAAAGAGGACCAGGAUUAAAACGUGGAAAACGUAUCAAUUUCCAAUUUAAAUCCAACAAUUUGGAUCAUAUUCCAAAAGUGCCUAAUGAUCAUGUUGGACUAUUUAUGAAAGACCUCAACCUAUUUGCCCAAAAACUAGUAGGGAAAAAGCUCACUGACACCUCUGAAAAGAAACGCAUCCUUCACUGUCUGGGCCUGGCAGAUGAGAUAAGAAUUUAUUGUGAACAGACACCACCAAAAUAAAAUUAUUGUUACAUUUCUGACUCUGCAGAUAUAAUUGGCAUUCUGUUAGAUCGAUGGAAAUUAUUUUAAGGACUAAUACAGUAUGUAUGCUUGAUUUUAAAAUUUUGAUUAAUACAGUUACCUUAUUAGUCCUUUGCAGAACUUGUGUUAAGAAACAUGAAGUGAUAGUUAUAUAGUUAUUUCGUAGUUAUAUGUUACCAACAAGCAGGUGGAUAAAGUCUGAUCUCGUUGGAAUCUUUUUGUUUUGUUCUAAUAUGAUAGCAUUUGCUAAAACUUAACAUAACUGGAAAUACUAUUAUUCUUUAUAAAGGACAUAAUCUCUGUGUUAAGCAAUAAAUGGGGUAAGCGUUCAUAAUAUUUUGCUACAUUUAUAUGCACUCUUAUUAAGACUUGAUUUGUAAUAGUUGAGAUUUAAAUACAGUGGAUUUUGGUUAAUUGGGCCAUGGGUUAAUCAGGGCAGCUCCUUAUUUGGGACAAAAUCUAAUCAAAAAAAUAGCUGGAAUUCACUUUGUUUAUAUGGGACACUAUGUCACUUAAUCAGGACAGGAGUAUGUUGCUGAAAUUUCUAAUUAGCAUCAGUCACAUGCAUUUAUGUGGCCGUUAGAUACUACAUCAUGCUUAAAGCGAACCGUUUUUACGUAGUGCUGCAUGUUUGUGUUCAAAAAGCAGUGAUUUUUUUGUCAAUUGGCAAGAAAUUCAGAACUGUUUUGCACUCAGGAUUGGAGUAGUCAGAAACAGCCAGUAGUGAAAAUGAAACAAUUUUACUAUUUGAAGAAGUUAGGAACUAUGAAGAAUUUGAAGAUUAAUUUCAUUGAAUGUUACAAUGAAAAUGAAGAUUUGGAGGAUGCAUUCGAUAAGAGUGUUGUAUAAAGGCAGUCCAUAAUCUGAACUAGGUGUCUUCACUGACUUUGUUCAUUUACAGUCUAUCAAAAGAACAUAGGAUAACACUGGAUGAAUUCCUCUGUGAUUAACUAUUAUGAACUAAUACACAGUUGUAUAGUACUGUUGUAUUGGUAGUGUUCUAAUUUGUUCUGUAUUUCAUUUCAAUACAUCAUUUGCUACACAGUUAAACAGUAGUUUGUCAAUUUUUAUUCCUCCUUAACUAUUUCCAUGAAACUUAGGCUAAUUGGGGAACUGUUUAAUUGGGCCAAAAUGUUCUGGUCUCAGUGUGCCCCAAUUUACUGGAAUCCACUGUAUUAUAUUUCCAUAGUAACUAGAAUUAUUAGCCAGGCAUUACUCUGUUCUCCUUUAGUUAUGUUAUAUAUAAUAAAUGAGAUAUAAUUGAAUUUGAAUAAAAGAAUGACUUAAUAAUCUGUGAGAUUCUUAAAUCAUUGUGAUUACUUCAAAUAAACUAGAUUUAGUACUAUGGUGAAGAUUCAAUAUGCUAAUGUAAUUUAUGUGUAUUAUGUCAUUGGCUUGUCAUCUAAAUAAAUUGAUUUCUGUUCUUAA